CUGGUCCUCCUCAGCAUCCCUCUGCAUAUCAACUGAUGAACCUCCAAUGGUUUGUAAGCUUCCAGGCGAGUGUCAGCGCUGUCUGCCCCCUCCUCCGCCUCCUCUGCCUCCUCCGCCCGCCUUGUAUUCACUAUCUCUGUGCCAUGUAGUUUAUUCAUCUCCCUCUUACAGCCAAUGCCUCGUCCAGGGGAGCUCUGCGUAGACACCUAGAGCAAGUCGGGGGGGGACCUUUCUAAGCGAUGACGAUGGAGAAGGAAUGCAGGGCGUCAAAGCAGUACGGAUCGCUGGAAUCCACGAUGUGGAAACCCACCGAGCUAGCUACAGGUGAUGAUGUCAUUUCGAUGGCCGACUCGACAACCACCGUGGACGAUAUUGAAGACGAGCUGUUCAAGAUUGAAAGGAUCCGAGAGAUCCUGGUGAGGAGAGAGUCGGAGCUCAGAUACAUGAUGGACGAUUUUCAUCUGUGUGAAGAGAUCACCAGGCUGAAGAAGGAUCUGCAGAAAUUUGUGGCCAUUCCGGAGAAGGAGAGGACGCAGGACGACCAUCACAAGGAAGAGGAGCUGCUCCAGCGCAUCAACAAAUUAGUGGAGACGCGGGAUUUCCUGGUAGACGACGUGGAAUUCGAGAGGUUGCGGGAGCGGGAGGAGGACAAGGACAUGGCGGACUUUCUGCAGAGCCGCCUUUCCAAGAGUUACCUGAAGAAAGCAGUCCACAGAAAGGAAACGGCGUCAACCGUCACCUCCCGAGCGCAACAAACCUCCAACCCCCACGUCACAAAGACGGGACUGACGCUCCUGAAAGAGUGCUGCGGCUUCACCUGCUCCAUCAUGUAACGGCUCGCCGCGCGCCCGCCCGCGCCGACGCUUCACAGAUCGGCCGACAGCAAAAGCCUUACUCCGAUUGGCUGCAACGGUAACGGUCACCUCGCUGCCGGCGGCCGAUGUAUUUGCCUUUAUUUUACGUGUUCAAAACUGUGUCACCCUCGGGGAUGUGUAUGGGGCUUGGCUUGUGUCCCCCUUCCCC